AUGAUCAAGAAAGAAGAAGGAUUUUGGCAAGCGUCGGCGGUCCUAAAAGUGGCGGAAAAAGUGGCUGAGAGGAGGAGAGAAGGGACGGGGGACCACUUACAUGGUGGUGUAUUAGAAUUAGCGGAGUUGGCAAACGUGAAAUUCAGAACCGAAUUAUAUCCAGAGAAUGAGGGGCUGGUGGAGAGGGAAGCGGCGUUGCCUUAUAGAUUGGGGACUGACAGAAGAUUCGAGGAUAUCGUGCUGGCUGGUUCAGGGUUUGCUCGGGAAAUUGAAAAGGAGAUUGGAGUGCCGACGGCUAGUUGUGGAGAAAUUCCGUUUUGGGGAUGA